AAUUAACAAUGGAAGACGGCAAAAAUAGUGAACACGACAGUAAGUUGGAACUCUCAAAAAUUAAAGAGGUUCAUUUUCUAUAAAUAAAUAAAUUAUAAAAAUGUGGGGAGUGUUCCGACCCGAACCCGAAGCGCCCCUAAUUUUCUCCAUAUCCUCCCCCCAAAUUCCGCUCGAAUCUUCUUGUUGCAGAGCGUACCGGAAACGGUUUGUAGGCGUCCCCGCGCCGCCACCGUCCUCAGGCCGAUUCUGGCGCGCCCAAACGCGACUAAGCGCCGUACCGGAGCUUCCUACUACUUCCUUGAAAAUGAAUCAACUCUCGAAUGCAUUUACAAUGCUUAGUUUGGACGUUGCGGAUAGCCAAGAAGAGACAGAAGUAGCUCCCGAAGGAAAUGGGAAAGACGAUGAAGGGGAGAAGGUGGAAUAUGCUUCUGAAGAGUACAGGCUGCCACUUGUAUGGAUUGAUCUUGAAAUGACUGGUUUGAAUGUUGAGGUGGAUACUAUAUUGGAGAUUGCUUGUGUGAUCACUGAUGGAAGCUUGACCAAAUUAAUUGAGGGACCUGAUAUAGUCAUUAGUCAACCAAAGGAGUGUUUGGAUAAUAUGGGAGAGUGGUGCCAAGAACAUCAUGGAGCAAGUGGUCUGACUGGAAAGGUGCUUGAGAGUACAAUAUCGAUUGAAGAAGCUGAGAAGCAGGUUAUUGAGUUUGUGAAGAGAAACAUCGGGACAACAUACUCACCACUCCUGGCAGGGAAUUCAGUUUAUGUUGAUUUUCAGUUCAUGAAGAAGUACAUGCCGGACCUGGCUAAUCUUUUCUCACAUGUACUUGUUGACGUGAGCAGUGUCAAGGCAUUAUGCCUACGUUGGUUCCCCAGAGACAACAAAAGGGCUCCUCGCAAAGAAAACAAACAUAGAGCUAUGGAUGACAUCAAGGAGAGCAUAGCAGAACUCAAGUACUACAAGGAUAACAUUUUUAAAGCAACCAGGUUUAAGAAGUAACAAUCUUUGGAAGGCAUCUCCUUUUGUGUGUAAAACUGUAAACAGACAGGCAGACACCUUAAAAUGUUUUGUAUUCCUAUUUUCGUGUAUAUUGUGGUACUGACAUUUGAAGUAUAAACCUUUCUGCAUGUCUUCAUCAUCAUGAUUGUGUAAAGUUCUUUAUGAUAUGCAAUUUUUUGUGCACCAAACAAGCUUGGUGUGCACUUCUCUA